GAGGAAGGCAGGCGCUGGGUCUGCUCUGCAGUGCAGAAGCGGCGGUGAAGGAGGAGGAGGAGGAGAAGGAGGAAGAAGAGGAGGAGGAAGAGGAAGAGGAGGAGGGGCCAUCCCUCCUUCCUUCAUCCCUCCCUCCCUCGCUGUCUGCCUCCAUCCUGAGCCCAGUUCCCAGCCUGGCCCCGGUCCGCGGACCCGGCGUCCUCCUCCUCCUCCUCCUCCUCCUUGCCAUUGCCGCCAUGCUGAACAACCUGACGGACUGCGAGGAGGGCGACGGGGGAGCCAGCCAAGGCGAUGGAAACCCCAAAGAGAGCAGCCCCUUCAUCAACAGCACGGACCUGGAGAAGGCGAAGGAGUAUGACGGGAAGAACAUGGCCCUCUUUGAGGAGGAGAUGGACACCAGCCCCAUGGUGUCCUCCCUGCUCAGCGGCCUGGCCAACUACACCAACCUGCCCCAAGGAAGCAAGGAGCAUGAAGAGGCCGAGAACAACGACGGGGCCAAGAAGAAGCCCGUCAAGGCCACCCGGAUGGGCACCUUCAUGGGCGUUUACCUGCCCUGCCUGCAGAACAUCUUUGGCGUCAUCCUCUUCCUGCGCCUGACCUGGGUGGUGGGCGUCUCCGGCAUCAUGGAGUCCUUCUUCAUGGUCUUCCUCUGCUGCUCCUGCACGAUGCUGACAGCCAUCUCCAUGAGCGCCAUCGCCACCAACGGAGUGGUUCCAGCCGGAGGGUCCUACUACAUGAUCUCCCGCUCGCUGGGUCCUGAAUUUGGAGGUGCCGUGGGGCUCUGCUUCUACCUGGGCACCACCUUCGCAGGUGCCAUGUACAUCCUGGGCACCAUCGAGAUCUUGCUGGCCUACCUCUUCCCUCCAAUGGCCAUCUUCAAGGCGGAGGAUGCCAGCGGGGAGGCGGCUGCCAUGCUGAACAACAUGCGUGUCUACGGCACUUGCGUGCUGAGCUUCAUGGCCACUGUGGUCUUUGUGGGUGUCAAGUACGUCAACAAGUUUGCCCUGGUCUUCUUGGGCUGCGUCAUCCUCUCCAUCCUGGCCAUCUACGCCGGAGUCAUCAAGUCCGCCUUCGACCCACCCACCUUCCCGAUCUGCCUGCUGGGCAACCGGACCCUGUCCCGCCACGGCUUCGACGUCUGUGCCAAGGUGGUCCAGGUGGGCAACGAGACCAUCGGCUCCCAGCUGUGGGAGCUCUUCUGCUCCUCGCGCUUCCUUAACGCCACCUGCGACGAGUACUUUGAGCUGAACAAUGUCACCGAGGUCCAAGGCAUCCCUGGAGCGGCUUCGGGGCUCAUCCAAGAAAACCUUUGGAGCAGCUACAUGCCCAAAGGGAUCAUCAUCGAGAAGACGGGGAUGUCCUCGGUGCCCCCUUCGGACCCGGCUGUCGACCUGGACCAGCCCUACGUCUUCAGCGACAUGACCUCCUACUUCACCCUCCUGGUUGGCAUCUACUUCCCCUCCGUCACAGGGAUCAUGGCUGGUUCCAACCGGUCCGGAGAUCUCCGAGAUGCCCAGAAGUCCAUCCCUAUUGGGACCAUCAUGGCCAUCGCCACCACCUCCGCAGUCUACAUCAGCUCGGUCAUCCUCUUUGGAGCCUGCAUCGAGGGAGUGGUGCUCCGGGACAAGUUCGGGGAGGCCGUCAAUGGCAACCUGGUGGUGGGCACCUUGGCCUGGCCCUCUCCAUGGGUCAUUGUCUUUGGAUCCUUCUUCUCCACUUGUGGGGCCGGGCUGCAGAGCCUCACAGGGGCGCCCCGCCUGCUGCAGGCCAUCUCCCGGGACGGGAUCGUGCCCUUCUUGCGGGUCUUUGGCCACGGCAAAGCCAACGGGGAACCCACCUGGGCCCUCCUGCUGACCGCCUGCAUCUGCGAAAUCGGGAUCCUCAUUGCCUCCCUGGACGAAGUGGCCCCCAUCCUCUCCAUGUUCUUCCUGAUGUGCUACAUGUUUGUCAAUCUGGCCUGUGCGGUGCAGACGCUACUGAGGACUCCAAACUGGCGCCCACGCUUCCGCUACUACCACUGGACACUCUCCUUCCUGGGCAUGAGCCUCUGCCUGGCGCUGAUGUUCAUCUGCUCCUGGUACUACGCCUUGGUCGCCAUGGUGAUCGCCGGGCUCAUCUACAAAUACAUCGAAUACCGAGGAGCGGAGAAGGAGUGGGGCGACGGGAUCCGCGGCCUCUCACUCAGCGCAGCCCGCUAUGCGCUCCUGCGCCUGGAAGAAGGGCAGCCCCACACCAAGAACUGGAGGCCGCAGCUGCUGGUGCUGGUCCGGGUGGAUCAGGACCAGAACGUGGUGCACCCGCAGCUCCUCUCCUUCACCAACCAGCUGAAGGCCGGCAAGGGGCUGACCAUCGUGGGCUCCGUCCUGGAGGGAACCUUCCUGGACAACCACCCCCAGGUCCAGCGGGCCGAAGAGUCCAUCCUUCGCCUGAUGGAGGCAGAGAAGGUGAAGGGCUUCUGCCAGGUGGUGACCUCCUCCAACAUCCGUGAUGGUGUCUCCAACCUGAUCCAGUCCAGCGGCCUGGGGGGUCUCCAGCCCAACACCCUCCUGGUUGGCUGGCCACGCAACUGGCGCUCUAAGGAGGACCAUCAGACCUGGAGGAACUUCAUCGAACUGGUGCGAGAGACCACUGCGGGGCACAUGGCGCUGCUGGUGGCCAAGAAUGUGGCCAUGUUCCCCGCCAACACUGAGCGCUUCUCUGAGGGCCACAUUGACGUCUGGUGGAUCGUCCAUGAUGGAGGGAUGCUGAUGCUGCUCCCCUUCCUCCUGCGGCAGCACAAGGUCUGGCGCAAGUGCAAGAUGCGGAUCUUCACGGUGGCCCAGAUGGACGACAACAGCAUCCAGAUGAAGAAGGACCUGACCACCUUCCUGUACCACCUGCGCAUCACGGCAGAAGUGGAAGUCGUGGAGAUGCACGAGAGCGACAUCUCGGCCUACACUUACGAGAAGACGCUCGUGAUGGAGCAACGGUCCCAGAUCCUGAAGCAGAUGCACCUCACCAAGACAGAGAGGGAGCGAGAGAUCCAGAGCAUCACAGACGAAUCCCGAGGCUCCAUCCGGCGCAAGAACCCCACCAACACACGCCUCCACCUCAGUGUCCCCGACGAACAGGUGGGCGACAGCGAGGAGAAGCCCGAGGAAGAGGUGCAGCUCAUCCACGACACAAACCCCACCAGCAGCUCUCAGUCGCCGGGGGAUGAGACYGAAACGGAAGCCGAGCCUGAGGCUGAAGCCGCCCCCGAGAAGGUCCACCUGACGUGGACCCAGGAGAAGGUGGUCGAGAAGAACAAGGCCUCCCAGAGCCCCGUCAGCCCCGAGAGCAUCAAGGACUUCUUCAGCAUGAAGCCAGAGUGGGAGACCUUGAACCAGUCCAACGUGAGGAGGAUGCACACGGCGAUCCGGCUCAACGAGGCCAUCGUCAAGAAGUCCCAGGACGCCAAACUUGUGCUGCUCAACAUGCCGGGACCCCCCCGGAAUCGCAAGGGGGAUGAGAACUACAUGGAGUUCUUGGAGGUGCUGACGGAGCACCUGGACCGGGUCCUGCUGGUGCGCGGCGGUGGCCGGGAGGUGAUCACCAUUUACUCCUGAGAAGCCCCUCCUCGCCGCUCCCUCGCCUGAAGAGCUGUGCCCCUCCCAACAUCCCCUGCACCCCUCUCCCCGAGAGCAAGGCGGGCACGGCCCCGUCUCCGCCACCUGCUCUCCUUCCUUCCCUUCUCCCUCCCUCCCUUCCCUUCUCCCUUCCUUCCUUUCCUCCCUUCCCUCCCUUCUCCCUUCCUUCCUUUCCUUCUCCCUUUCUUCCUUCCUUCUCUCCUUCCUUUCCUUUUCCCUUCCUUCCUUCCUUCAGCACCUUUCGAACUGCAGCGCCAGGCGCAUCUGAGCACCAAGGCAACCGCUGCCUCCGCCCUGCAGCAGAAGCACCGUCACCGCUGUGUUGACCCACAGAUUGAUUGGACGCCGACUCUGGACUGACCGCUCACAGCCGGGUGGACAGAACCCAGUUGUCGGCAGCUAAGUGAUGCUUCCGAGCCUCUUUUCUGGGGCGGCCGGAGGCGCUGGUUGUGCCGGCCCCUUGUCCCGCUCCCCGCUGCCUGCUUUUCCAUCGACUGUCGCCUUCUGUCAGAUGUACCCCUCUCCCUCCCUGACCCUGACCCCGACCCCCACCCAGCAAAGGGGAGAGGACCCCAGCUACGGCUA